AUGGCGACAAGGAAGAACAACCACGGAGACCGUCGGAGCGCCUUCCCCCUAGUUGCGGCAGACAAGGGAAGCAUCGCUGCUUCUCCCUUCUCCUUUUGUCAAAUCGAUCCCGCACUCGAGGUGUUUUCCCUUUUCCCGAUUGAUUGCAUCAUCGAGCCACCAUGGGCUUUUUCCGACAAUUUCAACAUCGAGUGGGAGAUAUGGUGGUUCCAGUGGGUAGAAGUAAAUGAGCCUUGCUCGAUGUCAACGAACGGGGAAGAAUUGGUGGCGGCGGUCGGAGUGCAAGGGAAAGAUGCAAGCAACACUCGAUGUAGGGAGGCGGAGGAUGACCGGAGAAGAUUUUUGUUGUCAAAGAACAUACCCAGAGCUAAAGAGGGGAAACAAGGAAGGAAGGCGGGUUUUCUAAUUUUUUUUAUUUCCUUUUUCCCGCUGCUAGUUGUUGAAGAGCGCGUUUGUAAAAUUAUAAAGCGACAUUUCUAG